UAGCAGUGUAAGAAUCGCUUAUUUUGGGUAUAUUGUUACAUCAAAGGUCUCCUACACUCCUUUAUCAUAUUACCAACACUAUUUUGUCCCAUUACAAUUAACCCUCAACAACCAUUUUCUUAACAUUGAAAACAUUAGUAACAACGUUGUAGUGAGAAACACAAACACACAAAAAACCUCUCAUUUUCUGAGCACUGCAACUGGAAGAAUACAAUCAUGCAACCAAGGAGGAUAAAGAGACAAAGGAAGAACAAAAAGGAUGAAGAUGUCAACAUUUCUAACUCAGAUUCAACCACAAACAACAAUAACAACAUGUCCGAGUCUUGGGAAGGCCCGAGAAGGCAAUUAAAUCCGAAUCCCCGUCGAAGCUUGAGAUACUCGAGAAGACUUCUUGAAAUGGGAGCAACCUCACAACCUAAAAUAUCAACAGGAUAUUCUUCUACCUCUGAUGACAUCCAAAUUCUUGAUGCAAAUCAAGUUCCAGAAGAAGGUUCUGAUCAAGUAGAAUCCAUGUCAAGAUACCUAGUACAAGUUGUUUAUCCUCUCACAAUGGAACCAGAGUUGGAGCAUAAAGAGGCUGAAAAUGUUGAAAAUUCAACAGGAGGUAUACCUGAGAAUAUGGGAGAAUUAGGUGAGGCUGAAAUGUCAUUCUCCCAUAAUUCAAAUAAAAUGGCUGGACAGAUUGCAUUAGAAGAAAAGGUCCCUCUUGAAAAGGAGUCUUUGUCAGGGAAAAUUCAAGCCUCAAAUAGGUUUGAGGAAAAUGCCCCUCUUGAAAAGCAGUCUUUGUCAGGGGAAAUUCAAGCCUCAAAUAGGUUUGAGGAAGUGACAAAUAUGAAGUCUAUUUCAAGGGCUGGAUGUCUAUCCCCAUCUUUUAGCCUCAAACUAACUGAAGUGGUUGACAUGGUCAGAAAUGAAGAUGGUGAUGAGGUUGAUUCAAAUGUACGAAGCCGGCCUGAGGAUACGAUUAAUGGAUACCAAGUGAAACCGGAAUUUAUGCCGAUGUUAAGAAAAAUUAUCGGUAAGCAUGGAGAUAUUGCUAAGAAUUGCUUGGCAAAGUCUGUAAAAUUCCGUUCGGUGUUGUUGGAGAUGAUCUGUGGAAUUAUAUCAGAUUUGGACGAAAAGAAUGUUAAAAACACCAGAGAAGAAGUCCUGAAAACCAAGAUUGAUCAGGUUGAUGAAAUAAAAAGCAUGAAAGUGGAGGUUGAAUGGCUUCGCACAAGGCUAGUUGAGGCACUUGACGCAAGGGAGAUUAUGAAGAAGUUUGUUAUGCUAAAAGAGAAAACAGACGAUAACAGGAAGCUCAUUGAAGACGUUGAAAGUGAAUUGAAAGAAUGUGAAGAAGAGAAGAAGGAAGCAUCAGAGAGGUUGAGAGAAAUAUGUGAUAAAGAGACUGCUUGCAAACAGAGAUUGGCCAUAGCGAAGGAAGAGUCUGCCACAAUAUCUACAACAGUUGGGUAUGCUAAAUCUAAAGUCAAACGCUUUCUGAAAUGCUCAGUGGUAGAUGGUUUGUUUUAGGAUUGCUUGUUGCAUUUAUAACUUUUUUCAUUUAAGACUAUGUUGUCUCCCAAGUCAUGCAUGACUUAACCAAUUACUCAUUGAAUUUGGUUACACGUAUUAUGCACGGUGAUUUGAAUUUCCAUAUGAAUGUGGCUGAGUGAUGUUUAAAAA